CUCUUAUAGUUUCAUCACAAUUUUAUUAAUAUCUUUUUUAAAUCUUUGACAAGAAUGUGUGGCCUGCAGUGCAAUAAUAGUGAAACUAUAUGGUGCAUUUUGAAAAUAAAAAAAAAAUAUGGGAGGGAGAAUGAAAUUUUUUUUGGAGUUUAUAAAUAGCCAUCACACGUCAGCAACUGCUCACUCCAUCUGCACCGUCCAUCGAAAAAAUUAGAAAGCUGCAAUUUGUGAUCGAGGAGUUCAAACUUGUUCGCCCUCUCGCUUUGGCUUCUUUGGGCUUCGAGUUCGGUGGUUGUGAUGGCGACGGCCUCGGCGAAGGGCGCGCGCAACCACCAGAGAUUCUGCGCGCCGCCUCCGUCCCCGAUCGCAACAGGCAAGGGGCUGCGGUCUGCCGCCGCCGACGAUCGCGUUCUCUCCGACUUCCUCGACGUUUCGCUCCGCGUCCCCGAUCUUUCCCUCCCGCUGUCCCACUUCCCCUCGAAGUCGCCGGUUAAGGUUCCGGCAGAGGUCGAUCUUGACGCCCUAGUGUCCGGAGAUGAAUGCGCGGUCCGAGGAGUGCUCGACGCUGCCGCGGAGAUCGGGGCGGUGUGCGUGGUCGGAGGCGAGGCAUUGGGCGAGAAUGUGAGGGCCGCGAUCGAGGUGGGCAAGGGGGUAUUCGAGACUCGGGAUGGCGAGACUUCGAGGCCGGAUCUUCACAAGAAGUGGUUCGGGCGGAGGGAUGGAAUCGUGGAUGAGUUCAUUUGGUACCGAAUGCGGAGCCUGGAGAUGGAGCGGCUUCUGCAGCGGACCUGGCCUGAAUCGUAUUGGGCCCUUAGAGAUAAAAUGGAGUCUGUUGCCACAAGGCUAGAGACUAUUGCGGAGUGCAUUGCAUGCAUUCUUUCUGAGCAUGCCACAAGUCAAGCACCGUCGAAAAGAAUUCGCGAGGCUCAAUCAGCACUCUAUCUGAGAAAGCAAAAAUUGCCUUAUGGGAGAAAUAACACAAGGGAGUCGGCCCACACCAGUUCACAUCAUCGUCAUGCUUUGAAUCUCAACAUUUGUGGGGAUAACCAUGAAUUCUGCAUCCGUCAUCCAGAAGGCUCUGCGAUUAUCAUGUUGCCCGCGGGUGGCAUUCUAGUUACGAUCAGUAAAAGACUUCAGGAAUUUUACAAUGGAGAGUUUAAGAGUGCCUCAGCAGAAGCACUUUUUCAGCCAGCAGACGAUCUCUUUGCUUCAUUCUCGCUUGAAUACAUGUGCUCUCCAUUAGCUUUGUCUCAUGCACCAGACGAUGGGACCAGGACAAUUUCAUUAAGUGAUCAGUUGUUAAUGGCACUUGUUCUUAUUAUAUUGUGCCACCUCUGGACCAGUGUGUUCUCCUAGUACAUA